AUUCCCAUUUAUAAGUGACACCAUAUGAUGUAUCUUACUUCAAAGUGAGAGUUCUUUUAAAUGAGUUUGCAGAAGCCAUGCACCACCUCUAUCUAUAAUUUGGUACGAUAUACUGCCUUCAGCUUGACACUGCAGUCUUAAAUGUCUUAACUUCCUACCUACAUUAGGAAUUCUAUAAAAGCAGGGACCAUAUCUACUUCAUUUCCGUAGGCUCUACAGAGCGUAGCAUACUACCUUAUAAUAGUAAAGUACUACUAUCCAUUAGAUAAAUUGCUACUGCAUUAUUAAAUUACUUCCUUCAUUGGGCUCUUCAAGUUUCACCUGCCCAAAACAUAAUCCUUGGUUUCACCUUCAAACGCCACCUCUCCUCCACCUAGUUCUCUAGUGUUUAUCUCACUGUUGGGAUAGAAAUAAUUUUAAAGUGUAUUCAGUACUGGGGCAAGUAUACUGGCAGGCCUGCUGAAGAUCUCUCCGCAGAAAGAAACUGUCAAGUCCCCUUCCCCAAGUGAAAAAAAGGAAGGUAAGCCUGACUCAAGACAAUAAAAGUCUUUCUUCAUUAGAUGUAAAAAAUAAUUCUGAGCACAUCAUGAUGUUUCUUACUCAGACUUGUUAUUGGCACAAAAUUAUGGAUAUCUGGAACCCAGGAAAAAGACUAUAAAUGUGAACGCCCAAGGGUUUUUAGUAUGCAGAGGAAAGAAAACAUUACUUUUGCAGAUGAAAACACAGUGUCUGAUUUACGAGACCAUAUUUGAAAUAUGGCUCAAAGUGACUUCCUCUAUCCAGAGAAUCCAAAAAGGCGACAAGAAGUAAACCGUCUUCACCAGGAGCUCCUUGACUGCUUAUCUGACAGCUUCCAUGCCACCAAUAAGCUGACUGGGGUUUUAAACACACACUUAGGAUGUACGUUACCUUCCAUUGAAAUGAAAAGAGAUGGGACCAUCAAAGAAAACUGUGAUAUCAUCAUCCAAGCCAUGAUGAACAUCCAAAAAGAAUUGCAAAAGGUGGAUGAAGCACUAAAAGAUAAACUAGAGCCAACUCUUUACAGAAAACUUCAGGAUAUUAAGGAAAGAGAAACCGAGAAAAUUGCGAUAGUACAGAAGGUUAUUUCAGUCAUACUGGGAGAAGCUACUUCUGCCGCCAGUGCAGUGGCUGUUAAACUUGUGGGCUCAAAUAUCACAACUGGCAUAAUUAACAAGUUGGUCACUGUGCUAGCUCAGAUUGGUGCAUCUCUCCUCGGUAGCAUAGGAGUCGCUGUUCUUGGCCUUGGGAUAGAUAUGAUCUUCCGUGCCAUCCUGGGAGCAGUGGAGAAAACACAGCUUCAAGCAGCCAUCAAAAGUUACGAGAAGCAUCUGGUAGAAUUCAAGUCAGCUUCAGAAAAAUAUCAUCAAGCCAUUACUGAGGUCACCAACACAGUGAAACAUCAAAUGAAAUAAAGUUACUUUAUUUGCUACCAGAGUAUUUCUCUGCCUUUCUCUCCAUAAUGGUGUUUUGCUUCUCUGAUUAGGUUCAUUUUCCAUAAGCUUCCAACAAGAUAUAAAUACAGUAAACAACUCCGAGGAUUCUGAAAUGCUACAACUAAAUGACUCUAGAGUUUUCUAUCAACAAUGAAUGUCUGGAUCAGUUGGUGCUAGACCUGUGAGUGAAAGACUGCAUCCUGGGAUGUCCUCUCACUGUGCUCUACAGAUCAACAUUACGGUGAAUGCUAUUGCAGAGCAGCGUGUAGGGGUGACCUUUUCCAAUUCCCAGUCAAAAUCUUCAAAAUUUGCACUGAAUGAAGAGACUAUUACUAGCUUCAGACAUCAUUUAGUUCUAAGGGACAUAGUAACUUCUGCCCCCACAUGAAAGCUGAGCCUUAGAAUUGAACAGAAAGACUACAGUAAUUGUGACCAUCAGUUCAAAUGCAAUUUGCCCUAAACUGGAAGAGACUGAAUUUCGGUUUGUAACAAUUUACUUCAAAGGAGCCAACUGUUCUGGAAAGUUCUACUAAUUACUAAUCUGUAAUUCCGAUUGACUGUUCAGAGAAAAGUUAAAAUAUAAAAAAUAAAAAUUGUUGCUGUAAUUGCAAUCAA